AUGAAACUUUCAAGUUUCGUAACCGUUUUAAUGCUCAAUUGGAUAUUAUGGACAUCUAUUAUUAGUACACCUGAAAAAGGUGUUGAAAAGGAUUAUACGGCAAAGGAUCAUUCGAAAAUAUUAAAUGAUGGGGCUGAAUCUUCAGCCGACCCUCAAAUUCAAAAAUAUAGGGAAACAUUGAAACCAAAAUUAAAAAAUACAGAAAAGGACACAGAUAAUGGAGGAAACAAAGUGUCGAACAAAAGUGAAUAUAUGAAAACGUACCGUCAAAAAAAUAGACAAAGAUUGUCUGAAUAUAAUCGAAAUUACAAAAAAAUUAACAAGGAACAUAUAAACAAAGAAAGGAAUAAAUAUAUGAAAUUUUACCGCCAAAAUAAUAAUGAAAAUAUGAAUAAAAAGAGGAGAAUAUAUUACCAAAAUAACAAAGAAAAGUUGAAUGAAUACAGGCGAAAAUGGCGACAAAAUAAGAAAAACGUUCAAUCUGAUAAUAAUGAAGGAACUUCAUUUGUUAAUCCACAAACUGGUGAUUUUACUAAUUUAGUUAAAUUAUCUAUUGUUUGCGAGGAGGAAGGAAAUCUUUUUAAUCAAGAGAAGAAAGGAUGCAAUAAUGACAAAGAUGGGCAAAAUCAAAUCGAGGUAGAAGAGCCAAAUAAAAUUCUUGACGAUGACACUGCAGAUCUAAAUAAAAAAAUUCAUCCUUUUGAUCUGAACGAGAAGCCUAAAGAUGAAGAAAUGGGAGAUUAUUAA